AUGCAACAAUGUCAACAAUGUCGUCGGUCACUUGAGAACGAACUUCUUAGCGCACCAGUAUUGGGUGAAUCCUAUGUGCUUCUUCCGACUGCAAGUGCCUCUCAGAGCAUGUUGCUAUUGCAGAAACUACCAGCAAGUACAGCGAUACUACCAGAGAUGAAUGAAUCUGGAGCAUUCGGAGAAGAGCUGUAUGCUAGUGCACGCUAUAAUCUAUCACUACAACAACAGCAUCAACAGGAACAGAGACGGCAACAGGCGCAACGUCGUCAGAAGCUUCAACAACGACAGCGACGACAGCAGCAGAGGAUGAGAGAUAGCUAUACAACUCCUGGUGAUUAUUUUGAAGCUCAUGUUGGACGUACAAUACGACAAGAGGACGAAAACAUCGAGAUGGAUGACAGUUUAGUGGCUGUACCGACGUAUGCAGACCUGAGUCAUCAUGUCCAGCUCCUUACAACGCAACAAGCACAUUGUGCGGGACUACCUGUUGUAACGCCGGUAUGCAAGGAGUGUGUGGACAGUAUGGUAACGAUGACCGACGGACGUGCUGAGCGAGCUCGAUAUGAAAAGCGCUGCUUUACAGGAUUCCUUCACAAGACGACGAGCUCGAGUGUUCCUAACCAAGAUAUUGAGCAGAUCGACGACAAGAUUCGCUACUAUGAGGAUGAGUUGAACGCACUCGUGGAAAAUUUGAAGCUCAUGGAGAACGAAAGGAUCAUGAUUGCUCAGCAGGAAGAAGCGAUGAAUGAAGUGGAAAAGACUCUUUUGCAUGAAGAAGUAGGAUUGUGGGACCAGCUUAACGGGCUGCAGCUGCAGAAAUAUGCUUUUGAAGAAAUUCGGGAUGCUGGUACAGCGCAAAUUGAUGCGAUGGAGCGUAAAGUGGCGUCAGCCAAACAUUUGAACAUCCUUACGGACAUGUUCGUCAUUAGCAGUGAUGGCACGUUUGGCACUAUAAAUCAAUUUCGGAUGGGCCAGUCAGCGUCAUUUACGGUGGAAUGGAACGAGAUAAAUGCAGCUUUUGGCGAGUGUGCUUUGCUGUUACAGACGUUAGCAAACAUCGUUGGCCUGGAUUUUUCCGACUUUAAGAUUGUGCCGCUAGGUAGCUUCUCGAAAAUAAUUCGAACGAGCAAUCUUCGCAUGGAAUACUGUCUACAUGGCUCGGACCAACAAAAUUUUGCUGAGUCUCAUUUCAACUUGGGUUUGGGUGCCUGGGUCACAUGCCUUGGCCAGUUGAUGGCCUUUGUUCGAGCGCGAGACCCGUCGAUCCGGUUGCCUUACAAAGUUGCGAAGCAUUCCGUUGGUGGAUAUUCAAUAAUCUUCCUAAAAAACAAGCACAAGGAGUGGACCAAGGCUCUCAAGUAUGCGCUAACCAACUUGAAGUGGUUGCUUACAUGGGUGUCUGCGCGCGGAUACAGCAUUACAGCACCAAGCGCUGCCAGUAGCUCAGCUCCGAGCACAGAUGUUAUUGCUUUUGCUGCCAGUCACACUCACACAAUGGACAACAGCGGCCCGAAGCAAAGCGUUGUGAUUACGGAGCACUUCUCGUAA